AUGGCGGCACCACCAAAACCAGAGGAGAUAAUACAUCCUCCAAUGGACCAACUUCAAGGCCUAGAGUACUGUAUUGAUUCAAACCCUUCUUGGGCGGAGGCAAUAGCUCUGGGAUUCCAGCACUACAUCUUGGCAUUAGGGACUGCUGUGAUGAUUCCUACAUUUCUUGUCCCAUUGAUGGGUGGAACUGAUAAUGAUAAAGUGAGGGUAGUUCAGACUCUGCUUUUUGUUGAAGGAAUCAAUACAUUACUACAAACACUAUUUGGGACCCGAUUGCCGGCUGUGAUUGGAGGAUCAUGGGCAUUCAUCGUCCCUAUUAUUUCCAUCAUCCAUGACUCUUCCUUGGCACAGAUUGAAGACCCGCAUUCGAGAUUUCUCAAUACUAUGAGAGCAAUACAAGGUGCUCUAAUAGUAUCAUCGAGCAUGCAGAUUAUACUGGGAUACAGUCAAUUGUGGGCUAUUUGUUCAAGGUUUUUCAGCCCACUUGGAAUGGUUCCGGUAAUAUCAUUAGCGGGUUUCGGUCUAUUUGAUAGAGGCUUUCCAGUGGUUGGAAGGUGCGUGGAAAUCGAUCCUAAUCUGAUUUUGUUUGUUGCCUUCUCCCAGUAUUUGAAACAUUUCCAAACAAGACAACUGCCUAUAUUGGAGCGGUUUGCGCUUCUGAUAUCAGUCGCAUUUAUCUGGGCAUAUGCACACCUUCUGACAGCCAGUGGUGCAUAUAAACAUCGGCCAGAGUUGACCCAAAUUAAUUGUCGGACUGAUAGAGCCAAUCUCAUCUCUUCUGCACCAUGGAUAAAAAUCCCAUACCCACUACAAUGGGGGGCGCCUACUUUUAACGCUGGUCAUGCUUUUGGGAUGAUGGCUGCUGUAUUAGUCUCCAUGAUUGAGUCAACUGGAGCGUUUAAGGCUGCAUCUCGUCUAGCAAGUGCCACGCCACCUCCUGCUCAUGUUCUUAGCCGUGGUAUUGGUUGGCAGGGAAUUGGGAUUCUUUUCAAUGGACUUUUUGGGACAGUUACCGGAUCUACAGUUUCUGUAGAAAAUGUAGGUCUUCUUGGAACCACUCGUGUUGGAAGCCGCAGGGUUGUACAAAUUUCAGCUGGUUUCAUGAUCUUCUUCUCGAUAUUAGGAAAAUUUGGAGCUUUGUUUGCAUCGAUUCCAUUUACUAUCUUCGCUGCUGUAUACUGUGUUUUUUUCGGUCUUGUUGCUUCUAUUGGGCUGUCUUUCCUGCAAUUCACAAACAUGAACUCGAUGAGGAAUCUUUUCAUCACCGGUGUUGCCAUGUUCCUUGGUUUGUCGAUUCCCGAGUACUUUAGGGAAUACACUGCAGGGGCUCUUCAUGGUCCUGCUCAUACCAAGGCUGGAUGGUUCAAUGAUUUCCUAAAUACCAUCUUCCUAUCCUCCCCAACUGUUGCAUUGAUUGUCGCCGUUUUCCUCGACAACACGCUUGAAUACAAGGACAGUGCCAGAGACAGGGGAAUGCCUUGGUGGGCCAAAUUCAGGACAUUCAAAGGAGACAGCCGGAAUGAGGAGUUUUACCUCCUCCCUUUUAAUCUCAACCGUUUCUUCCCUCCGUCUUAGUGUGUUAAUGUUGGCGGAGACAAAAUGUAAGUUCAAAAUCAUCAUUCAUUUCAGAGUGAGAGUUGGAAUGGAGAGAGAGAGCGCUAGAGGAAAAUCAUCAUUCAAUUGGACUUAUGAUGAUAAAAAUCCCUCACAAAGAAGAGUGUGAGAUGGAGAUACAUGCAUUUUGACUCAAAUAGUGAAUGAUGUCUUCGCUUUCUUUGUCA